CAGCAAGCGGGAGGGAGGCUGGUUCUUCCUCAUUGCGAAGCCGGCUUUGACCUUUCUGAUGCAAGGAAUAGGUUUCCGUGAGGGCAUCAGACGUCCUUGUGGACUCUCGGACACAUCGCAAAGGUUCGAACGCAGUCCUCAGGGAAGAAACAGUAUUUCAAACAAAAAAAAAACACAGCGAGGGACUGGGGGAGAAGAUACCGGAGUGCGAGAGAAAAUAGCCAAGAGCAUUUAUGUACAUGUUUAGAUAAAGCCUCAGCCCUUCCUGCCAGAAUCUGCAAAUAAAAGGCCUGAAGAUUAAGCAGUCACUCGGGGAAUGAGAAAAUGGAGGCUGAUGUUCACAACAGGAAGGUGCCUUGGGAGGUCAAUGGUUCCUUGGCCCCAGCUGACCUCCAGCGUGGUAACAGAUCAGAGAGUCCCACACCCGGUCUGGUGGAAGGUACUGAGCCAGGUGCUGGACAGGAGAGUGCAAUGUUUGUCCACACUAGGUCUUAUGAAGAUCUAACCACAGAUGAUGAAGUGAAGGGCUGUCUGGAUAGUAUUAACAAACCCAUCACGGAAGAAUCCCAGAUCGAAGAGAUCAGCAAAGAUUUCAAUGAACUAAGCACCCAACUGACCGGUGUUGCGAUGGACGUGAACAAGGAGAUGAGAGACAGUGACGCGGAAGGAGAGGGGUCAUCUGGGAGAUCACGCAGAGAGUCUGUGCUCUCGGAGAAAGAGGAAGACAUAACAGCUGAGUCGUGGAGGCAGCACCGGAAGCACAUCUUUGUCUUCAGUGAUGCCGGGAAGCCGAUUUACUCCCGUUAUGGGACAGAGGAAGCUCUCUCCUCUAUAAUGGGAGUAAUGGUGGCACUCAUGUCCUUCAUUGAGGCAAGCAAAAAUGUGAUCAAAUCCAUCCAUGCAGAGGGUUACAAGGUGGUAUUUGUUCAUCGGAGCCCCCUGGUCUUUGUAGCUGUCGCUCGUACCCGCCAGUCAGAGCAGGAAGUGGCUAAAGAGCUUCUGUAUGUUUACUACCAGAUAAUUAGCCUGGUGACUUUAACCCAGCUCAACAGAAUCUUCGAGCAAAAGAAGAACUAUGACCUCCGCCGGCUGCUUGCAGGCUCUGAGAGGAUUACAGACCACCUCCUCGAUCUCAUGGGCAAAGAUCCCAGUUUUUUAACCUGUGCAGUGCGAUGUCGGCCCUUGCCGUCCUCUGUGAGAGACACGAUUAGCAGCAGCCUGCAGCAGGCCAAAGACAAAAGUCUUGUCUUCUCCAUUCUGGUCGCUGAGAACCAACUGGUUACACUGGUGAGGAAGAAAGACCAAUUCCUGCAUCCCAUCGAUCUCCAUCUUCUCUUCAACCUCAUCAGCGCAUCCACCUCCUUCCGAGAGGGAGAGGCCUGGACUCCUAUCUGUCUGCCCAAGUUCAACUCCAGUGGUUUCUUCCAUGCGCACAUUUCCUACCUCGAUCAGGCAAGCAGCCUGUGUUUGCUCCUCAUCUCCACCGAUCGCGAGCACUUCUUCACCAUCUCCAACUGUAAGAGCAAAUUUCUGGAACGCAUGAAGAGACGGAAUACCUUGCAGACGCUGCUCGAAGAGUUACGGUCUCCAUCCUACAGUGUUUCUCAAGUGGGCAUCCCAGACCUCAGGCACUUCAUCUACAAGUCAAGAAGCUCAGGUCUAUUCACAAGCCCAGAGGUCGAAGCUCCUUACGUAGCUGAGGAAGAACAGGAGAGGCUGCUGGGAUUGUAUCAGUAUUUGUACAGUCGAGUCCACAACUCUGCAAGGCCUCUGAAGUACAUCUAUUAUGCGGGAGACCGAGAGAACUUAUUGGCAUGGGUCACGAGUGGAUUUGAACUCUACAUGUGCUUUUCUCCGUUGGGAACCAAAGCUACUGCGGUAGGUGCCAUUAGCAAACUAAUGAAGUGGAUUAGGAAAGAAGAAGACAAGCUGUUCAUCCUCAACCCUGUGACGUACUGACAGAGCGUCGUGAUGGAGUGAGUGACUCCCUCUCUACUGACCAAAAACACAAACUGACUAACUGACUGUGAGAGCCUGUCCACAGGGGAGCCAGGAAGAUUAAUGAUCACUAAUGUUUGUCACCGAGGUUUCUUUCUGAACAACUGAAGGGGUGAGAUGUAAGCAGUUUGUAUUACAAAAAGAAACACUACUUCCGUUGCAAUUACUGUACACCAAGUGGGAUCAAUACCAUUUUGGGUUUUAUCUCCCCAUUUUCAUUCUCUUCACCCACCCUGAAUAUCCAUCAUUAUAUACAGCCCUGAGUUAUACAUCUAUAGCUGGAGAUUUGCUGGUCUCUUGGGUCAAGAAACAAUCUCACAGGCCCCUCUGUAACUCGGACAACUUUGUUACAGCUCCAUGUUAGUUCGGGCGCUUCGGAGAUGACCUCUGAUGGUCAGUUGGGCCAGGGUUGUCAAAAGUACUUAGAAAAUCCUGCGCUGACAUGAUUUCCCCUUUAAAAAAGAGACACCCACCAAAGCUGCCGUGAAACCCGAGGUCACCCCUGGAGAAAGAUCUUUCCCAAGUGCUGCGCCGACAAAGUGAGAGAUUGUGAGAGUGAAGCCACAGAUGGUGGAUCAUGUGACUGUGGGGGAAGGCCAUUUGGCCCCACGAGCCCGUUCUAUCAAAGUAUUGUCUUUUAAGAGGACAGUCAUUUUCAAAACAAACCUUAAGUAACCCUAAUAGCCGAAAAUUUUCGGCGCCGCUGAUCGGGGACCACUUGUGAUUGUGUCGAAUACCUUAAGGUGAACUUGUGUAAAUUCUCAUGCUUAAUAAAUCAGGUGUUGAAAAGGAAUUUAAAAAAAAGGAAGGUGAUAGAGAUAAAAAGAUAGAAAAUGUCAACAUUCUUCAGACUUUUGCCGCGUUUCGUGGAAAACGUGUGAUUGAACGGGAGAGGGUUUCUGUUGAUUAAAAUCAAUGAGAAACCAGGCAAUCCCCAAAAAAGGUUUGUGAUCCCUGCCCCAGGAUCUUCAUUCUGUAUUGUGGACCCAGGCAAUAAGAGGGAGGUCCACCUCUGUGAAUAACACAGUUAGGAUUUGCUCUAUCGGAACAACGACUUGCAUUUCUUGUAAGGACUUUAAUAUCAUUGAACAUCCUUUAUUGGAGCAUUAUCAAAUGUACUUUGACACCAGAUCUCUCACUGUCCCAAAUAAUGGGUUUCCUCAGGAUCAUCCCAACAGGAAGGCAGAGGGGAUUAGUGAGGGAAUUCCAGAGCUCCUUGGGAAGUGAGGGCACAGCCACAAAAGGUCCAGUAAAUAAAAUGGAGUAGGCAAGAGGUUGGCUUGGAGGAGUGGUGAUAUCCUGGACGGUUUGGGGUUGCAGGAGACUGUAGAGAUAGGGAGGAGUAAGGCCCUGGAAGGAUUUCAGAUUAAGUGGGAGAAUUUCAAUCAGUCGCCUACGUCCAAGUGUUCAUUUUGUGCUGACUGAAUAACCAAGAUUCUGUUCUGUCUCCAUGGCACAGGCACUUUCACCCACUUCCUGAGCUCAGGAUAUUGGCCGUUGUUCUGUUAAAACCUCAAAGGAAUAGAAAUGCCCUGGAAAUGAGGAACAGAAUGUUAUCAUUAGAAAGAGCCUAACAGAUUAAACACGUACUUCAAAUGCUUAAGCUUUAUAGUUUUCAAUGUGACUGUUUAGAAUGUGAACAGUUUUGCAGUUACUGAAUUGCUUUAAUGGCAGCUUGGUCUUAGAAAACUGGCAGAAUUGAAAAUUUUGUGAAUUAUUUUAUAAUGGUAUUCACUGACUCGUGCUGCUCGCUUUUUAAUUAAAAAAACCCUCUGUCGCACCCAGCUGGUAGAGUAGUGCAGUGCAAAAAGAAGUAUUACUUAAAGUUAGCCUCAGACUUUGAUUGAACUGACAAACCUUGAAGCUGUAUAGACGUAAAAAUUAGGAUCAGGAGUAGGCCAUUGGGCCCCUCGAACCUGCCCCACCAUUGAGUAAGAAAAUGGCCGAUCUGAUUAUUUCACAUGCACGCCUAGAACUGACAACAUUUCACCUCUUGCUUGUCAAGAAUUGAUUCACCUCUGAUUUAAAGAUAUUUAAAGACCAUGCUCCUGCCAGCUUUUGGGGGGAGAGAAAAGUCCCAAAGACUCUCAACCCUCUGUGAGGGGGAGAAAAAAGCCUCUCUUCAUCUCUUGUCUCGAGUGGACAACCCCUUAUUUUUCACAGCGAUCUCUGGUUCUGGAUUUUCUCACAAGACGGAACCUCCUCUCCGCAUUUUCAUCAAAACCCUUCAAGAUCUUAAAUAAACAAAAACAAUUUGCUGAAGAAACUCAGCAGGUCUGACAGCAUUUGGAGAGAAAUGUUCAUGUUUUGAGUCAUGUACGACUCCUCUUUAGAGCUUCUAUGUCCUCUUUCCACCCCCCCCCCCCCCCCACUGUCUCUCUCUCUCUCUUUAUCUCUCUUUUUUCUCUCCCUGUCUCUCUUUCUCUCUCCCUUUUCCUUCUUAGCAAAAAUAGAUGUUCCUUAACAAAAUGACUUGCAGAAAAGGCACCUGGAGGUAGUGGAAGGAAUGGGAGAAUAUAGAAUGCAGUUUGACUUUAAAACGUGCACAAUGUCUUUUUGAUCCAAACUUUAAAAAUGUGCGUGGUUGAGGGAAUGUGUCAAUGUGUGUGUGUGAAGGAGAGAUUUUCCAAUGCUACGAUAAUCCUGUUGAGUGAGUUUCUCCGAUGGUAAACAGCCUGGUGUUUUCACACGCAGUGAAUGUUGUCACAUAAAACAAACCUUAUUAUUUCUUACAAACCCCCCCCCGCCCCCCACUUCACUCAGUUCACUGGAUUCAGGUCUCUCAAUGCUGUCACAUGACCAGGUUGCAGGAGGGAAGACCAAAUGUUGGUAAUUAAACAAAGUUACACAAUCCUGAGAAUGUUUGUAAAUGGCUGGAGACACAGCUUUGGACUUUGGAUGUUUAAAUAAAGAGUUGGUUUAUCACCCUACCUGAUAUUCCGAAGUUCUCAGUGUAAUAUGUUGGGUUUGGUGGAUAAUUACUACUUCUUUCCCUUCAAACGAGCAUGAUGACUAACCAGGAAAUACUAAGACACCUAUUUAACACUCCUUAUUGAUCAAGUGACUGAGCGAACCGAUUACACAGCAUGUCCAUGAGAUUAGUUUGGAGAAUUGCCCUGUGGGGUGCAGUUAUCAUGUCAUCUUGAGAUGACUGACGCCUUGACUACUCACGCUAGUUUAAACGUGACUUGGUAAAAGUCCCUCAGAUGCUCAUUAUUUUCACAGUGUUAAUUAAAGCUCCCUGAUGUGACAUCACUCAGCAAAUAUGUUCCAGCCCUGCGUUUAGUACAUGGGUACAUUUGCUGCACUGCCCCUACAUUAAAUGACAUUACUGUCCCCUCUCCUCAACAUGAAUGUAUAAAACCCAGACUCACUUUUUAUUCUUCUCUAUUAGUGACCAUGGCAAUCUGAUGUGUUCUUUACUUGUCAACCUUUCUGUCUUCGGUAUUUAAAGGAGAGGGAGCUGUUCAUCUUUUAUGCUUAGCUCUUGCUGCCGCUCUCUGUGUAUAUUUAUGUCUUUGUGACUAUUUACAGUUCUUUAUGUAUGUGAGUUUGUGUAUUUUGUGUGUUUGAGAGAGACUGUGUUUAUGUGUGGGUGAGACACUAUUUGUGUUUAUAUGCAUAUAUGUUUAUGAAAGACACUAUAUGUGUGUGACACUGCAUGUGUGUGAGAUACUUGUGAUUUUAACUAUGUUCGUGUGUGUGAGAGAGAAAGACAGAUGCUUGUGAUUUUAACUAUAUGUAUGAAUGACAUUGUUUUGUGUGUGUGUGUUUGUGUGAGCGAGAGAGACAGACGUGUGUGUGUGUUUUGAACCGUUUCUGUACCCCUAAUAUGAUAUGUCAGACUGGGUCGAUUGCAGCUCCUCUCUGUUCCUUCUUUUGUCUUGUCAUUUUUAGUUCCUUUCUGAGGAUAAAGUCUUUGAUAAUGAAAGGUCACAGAUCUGAAACAUGAACUUGAUUUCUGUCUCCAUCGAUGCUUCUGAACCUGCCUAGUCUUUCCAGCUGUUAUCUUUUAGCUUUUUGCUUCACUCUAUACAACUUUUAUGAAGCAGAGAGGGGCGUUUUGUGCAGAAGUUGCACUGAGUGAGAGACUGAACUCAGGUUACUGCCUGUGACAUGGUCUGGCCAAAAUUGUUCUGUUACACAAUAAAGGUAUCAGCUUGAUUAGCUUUAUCAAACACAUGCAAGGCGGGUAAGUAAUCCCAACAUCCUUCAGAAACAGGUUAAUGUAAAUCCAACCUGUGUCUGGAGAUAGUGCUCUGGUUUCACGGCUCUCUUCUACCGCCUGGUGUGCAUAAGUGGUAUUACAAUGCCACUGUCAAGUCUACCACUUCCAAAUCUAUAAAACAAUGAAAGGCCUGCCUGAGGUAUUUAACACUGUGUAAAGCACUGAGUUCAUAACUAAAAAUUAAACAUUAAUUGAUGCCAGACUAACUUUAAAUUAUAAUUGUUGAUGAUUCAGUAGUGGAUUACUCCUCGGGGAGGGUGACUGUGGCUGCGUUAAAGAACCAGAAUUUUACUCCCAGAUUAUUAAGAUUGUAUUAAAAUACAUACUAUAAUUAUACAUCUGUUUUCUAGAGUCUUAAUUAAAGUGUUACAAGAACAGGAAGGAAUUUAAUAUUCAUUGCAUUGUGUCUGCUUCUGGAGGACAAUUGGAGCAAUGCUGUCUCUAGGGGAAACAGGUAUAAAUUGGGGACAUGUUGAAAUGAGUUGAGAGUGUGGUGCUGGAAAAGCACAGCAGGUCAGGCAGUAUCCGAGGAGCAGGAGAAUCGACGAUUGAAAUGCCAAUACAUUUGUAAUUAAGGAAGAUGCAAGUAUGUUUAUUGUUUGGCUUGAAUUUCCACGAUUAUUACUUCAAUGAAAUACCAGAAAACAAAAUUUGUUACCUAAUUAAACAAUUGCAAGAAAAAAAAA